UGCUGAAGAUCAAUGAACCAGGAAGAGAACUAUCAGAGAGCGAGAGAGAGGGAGCAGAAAACAGAGAGAAAGAGAGAGAGUGAGUGAGACCUCCACUCAAAUACAGGCUGAGUGAUGGCAUCGGGAGGGGGGGGGACGGCCCCGCGGAGAGGGUCCGGGGCCUCUGGGAUGGUCGUGGCCCCCGUGGAUCAGAGGACGGUGGACAGGACCUGCAGACACCUGGAGAAACUGAACAAGCUGUGCCAGAACCCGAAGCUGGGCCUCCGGAACAGCCCGCCUUACCUCCUGGAGCUCGUCCCGGACUCCCUGCAGCACCUGCAGCUCGUGGUGGAGGUGGGGAAGCUGCGGAGGGAGCCCCUCUGGCAGCAGGAGUACUUCUGUGUGUACCUGAGGAAUCUGCAGAGCAAAACCCAGCAAGCCAUCAGGAUCUUCAAGGAGGGCAAGGAUAAGAUGUACGAGGAAGGGUCGACCCCAAG